GCCGUGCUGGCGGCGCUGCGGGCGCUGGAGCGGGCCGGCGGGGCACUGCUGGGGGCGGCGAGGGACGCAUUCGCGGCCUGCUCGGAGGCUGCAGGCGAGGCCCAGCGGCGGCUGCGCGAUGCCGCGCGCAGGUUCCUUGCCGGUGACUGGCCAGCGCUCUCAGGGUACCUGACGUUCGCGAUGGUCAGCUGGCUGCUGCAGCUAUUCUACUACGCCUUCGUCUGUGUGUGCAUGCCCGCAGCUGGCCUGGGCCUCCUCAGUCCCACAAGCCUGUCGUUCCACGCGAUGAUGUUCCUGAUGGUGUCCAGCUACGUCCGCACGGUCUGCACGGAUCCAGGCACGGCCCCGCAGGGCCCCGAGUGGCGCACGUUCGGGCAGCCGCCCGCGGGGCUCCGCGAGCGCCAGCGAGGCUCCACGGAGCGCCGCUGGUGCGCGAAGGAGGGGUGCUACAAGCCAGACCGCUCCCACCACAGCCGCGCGCUGGGGCGCGUCGUCCUCCGAAUGGACCACUACUGCCCCUGGGUUCAGAACGCUGUGGGUUUCCACAACCACAAGUUCUUCAUUCUUUUCCUGCUUUACGCGACGCUCACGCUCGGUGGUUUCGGGGUCGGCGAGUUCGCGGCGUUCGCCCACGGAGAUUUGCCCGCGCUGUCGCAGUUCCUGCUGCUGGGCGUCGGGGGGCUCUCCGCGCUGCUGUCCUUUGUGCUGGGCCUCAUUCUCGCGCAGCAGAGCGCCCUCCUGCUCAAGAACAUGACUUCCGUUGAGGCCAUGGAGGAGGAGGCUGGCCGGCCAGACUACGAUCUGGGCGUGCUGCGGAAUGUCUGCUCCGUCAUGGGCGAUAACCCUCUCCUGUGGUGGUUCCCGGUCGGAGGCCCCGCUGGCGACGGCCUCUCUUUCGAGGUGCAGUCGGCCUCCGAGCUUGAAGGGCAGCCAUGGCGGGCGAGCAGCUGGAAGGGCGGCCAACGCGGCCGCGGGACGCGCGGCAACGGCUGCCGCGGGAGCUCCGGCAAGCCCCCAGCGGGGGCGGGCAGCGCGCCUCCUUCGCCCGCUCCUCCCAGUGCGACGGCGGAAGCUCGCACGGCAUCCUCGACUGCCUCGGCGGCUUCGGGAGGCCGUCGUGGACACGACAAUCGACGCAGGUUGUCGUUUUGGAAGGCUCUUCGUCGGGGAGACGCGCGAGCAGAAGGCCCACAGGAGGAGCUCAUGCUCGAGUGGAGUCUCGGCGGCUCAGGACCAGCAGGAGGCCCCUUUCGGGCGUGA